CACAUUUUGUCUUGGGAAGAUAAAAAGGAAUGCCAUGGAAGAAUAAGAAUGUGAAUAGUACAACACUUAAAAAAAGCACAUCAGAAUGAUUACUCAAGUAAAUAGAAAAUAAAAUACACAAAACAAUGCCAGAUUACUGUAAUGAGGAGAAUUUAAAACAAACAGAAAGUGUUACUAUGCAUGAAGUCAAUAAACUUUAUCCUAAUGAUCCAGGACUAGAUGUCGCUUCACUUAAAAUCAUUGAGUUAUCUAAAAAAAUUAGAGAAUUGAAUGCUUCACUUGUAAGUGAACGAAACAAAAGUAAUAACUUGUAUCAAAUAGUCAGAAAGUUAGAAACUGAAUCGAUUAACUCAUCAAACAAAAAUGUUCUAUGCAGUUUAUGUAAACAGAACAGCAUCACAACGAACGAAAACAUCGAGAACAUAUCAGACGAUGCAGAACAAGAGAAGAAGAAGAAGAAUAAAUUAAAAAAACUAGAAUCUAUUGUUAUGGAAUUACGUCAAAAAAUUCAAACCUUAAAUCAUGAUUUAUUAUUAGCUAAAAAAGUAAUCGAAUCAGAAACUGGUGAACUAAUACCAAAUUUAAAUAGUUGGUUAACAAAUUUAAAACUAAAACCCGAUGGAACAUAUGGAAAUUGGCGUGGUCGACAACAACAAAUUAUUGCAUUAAAAAAUCGUAUUACAAAAUUACAAUCACAACUUACUUUAAAAAGUUCUUCACGCAUAGAAGAUGUAAUUUCUAAAGAGAAUAUAGAAAAUGAAACAUUUUCUGGUGCAACAUUAUUGGAUAUUCAUUCUUUUCAAGAUAAUGAUGAUAAUAUGACUUCUAAAACAUCUAAACUAGAUCCGAUCAUUGAACAAAAUGAUCAUAGAACAACUAACAUUAUUCAAUUACAAAAUGAUAAGAAACAAUUAGAAGAAGAGAUUGAUUUCACUAAAAAAAAUUUACAAAAAAUCAAAUUACAUCAUCAUCAUUUAUUACAAGAACAAAAAGAAUUAAAACAACAAAUUUUAUUUUUAAUAAAUAAAAGUAAACAUGAUAAUGAAUUAAUUGAAUCAUUAAUUCAACAUAGAAAUAAUUUACAAAAUGAACUCAAUAAAAUAAAUCAAAUGAAUCAAGAAAAAACGAAUGAAAUAGAAAAAUUAAAUGAAGAACAAUUGAAUUUUAAACAAAUAAAAGAUGUAGAAAUUAAAAAAUUAGAAGAAAUCAUUAUGGAGAAAAACCAUUUAAUUGAUAAUAUGAAUGAACGUCUUUCUACAACUAAUCAAAUACAUUUGAAUAUAUCAGAACAUGAAAUCAUAAAUGAAACAAAUAAUGAAAUACAAUCGAAUUUAAUGAAUUCAUCCCAUUAUGAUUUGGAUUAUAUUAAAAAUUAUAAAAUUGAACGUGAUGGAUUAAUAAAAUUAAUAGAAACUAUGGAAUGUAGAAUUGAAGAACUUAUCAAUGAAAAAAUGAAACUUGAAAUGAAAAAUGCUGAAUUAACAAGAAAAACUCUUGUAAAACCAAAUGUAAAAAAUCAAUUUCUUUUAAUCAAUGAAAAAUCAAUAAAAUCCGAUGAUAACCAUAGUAACAAUAAUAAUAAUAAUAAUGACAAUAAUAAUGGUAAUAAUGAUAAUAAUAAUAAUGAACAAUUAUUUCAUAAUCUCAUCAAUGAUAAUUAUAUUAAAAAUUUAAUUCAAAAAUGUUCAUUAUCAUCACAUUCUAUGAAAAUUAUAAUUAAAUGUAUAAAACAAUAUCAAACUAUAUUAAUACAAUAUUAUAAUGAAAUAAUAAAUUUAAAAAAUAAUAUAAAAUUAAUAUUAGAUUAUCAUAAAGAUGAUUUUAAAUUAAUGAUGAAUAUUAUUGAUGAAUUAAAACAACAGCCAACACCAACACAGCAACAACAACCACCGCCACCAACACCAGAACAACAACCACCACCACAACAACAAUAAAGAAAUAUACAUUGAAAAGAAAAAAAUAGUACUUUUAUUGAUUUAUUUUUGUUGGUAUAAGAUAGAAUUCUCAGUACAUAGUUGUUAUAUUUUGUGGGCUGUGAUUCCUGUUAAUGUAUCAUGUGAUGAUACCGCCAAUUAGAAAGCAGUGACUUAUCGAUUG